CAACCAAAAAAGAAAAAAAAGAAAAAAGAAAAAAAGAAAAAGGAGAAGCCUUUUUUAUUCUGUGUCGCCGUCUCACUCUACCUCGCGCGCUCUACUACUCUCUGAAAGUUGUUCUUCUAUCUCUCUGCUGAAUAACGGGCCUAGCCGAGCCUCUAUUCCAUAGUAUACCAAGACAGGCGGCCAUAGCCAGACCAGGGGAAGAAAAGCCUUCAAACUCCACUUCCGUAAGACACAGACAGAAACAGAAGACAGAGCAAGAGUGAGGCCGAACACUGCUUCCAAAACAUGUUGCACAGCAAGACAUUCGUCAAGAAAACCAGAGGCGGCAAAGUGAACAAGCAAGUGAGAGAGCACUAUCUCAGAGACGAUAUCUACUGUGGAGCUCCCAUCUGCAAAGUCUGUGAUUCCUCCGCUUCUCGCUUGAGUCCUUCUGCUUCCACCAUUCUCAUUGUCGACACUAAUGUCGUUCUCAAUCAGAUUGAUUUGCUUGAGAACCCGGCGAUUGACGAUGUUGUCAUGCUAUCGAUCGUGCUGGAUGAGGUUAAGAACAGGAACACAUCGGUGUACAAUAGAGUUAGAACUCUCUGCAGCAAUUCCUUGAGGAGGUUUUUUGUGUUUGCUAAUGAACACCACAAGGAUACUUUUGUCAAGGAAAUGAAUAAAGAAAGUAAAAAUGAUCGUAAUGACAGAGCAAUUCGGGUGGCUGCUCAAUGGUAUCAGAGUCAUCUUGGUGGUGCAGCUCAGGUUUUACUUAUAACUAAUGACAGGGAGAAUAAGAGGAAGGCCAUAGAAGAGGGCAUUUCUGCCGAGACAAUUGAGUCAUAUGUGAAAUCAUUGGGUCGACCUGAUUUGCUUGACCUGCUAGUCCAACCUUCAUCAGAAGAUGUUGACAUGGACGAAGUUGAAGAUUUGAGACCGUCAAAGAGGAAAGUCAUUUAUACAGAGCAUAAGCCCAUGUCUGAGAUUACUUCUGGAUUGCAUCGUGGAAUAUACCAUCAAGGAAAACUUCGUGUUAAUCGUUAUAAUCCAUUUGAAGCUUAUGUCGGGAGUGAGAGCAUUGGUGAUGAAAUAAUUAUUUAUGGUCGUACAAACAUGAAUAGGGCUUUUGAUGGUGACAUAGUGGCAGUAGAACUUCUGCCCCAAGAUCAGUGGCAUGAAGAGAAGUCUCUAUCUAUAGCAGAUGAAGAGGAUGUGGAAGAAGAUGUUCAUCUAGUUCCAAGCAGUGCUGAUGAUGCUCCUAGACCUGCAAUGCUAGUGCAAGGUUCUGCUGGAGACACAAAUGCUGUCUCAUCUCGUCCAUCCGGCUGUGUUGUUGGUAUUAUAAAACGUAACUGGCAUUCUUAUUGUGGAUCUUUAGAGCCAAUGCCUAUGCCUGCAGGUAGUGGUGGUACAGCCCAUGCCUUAUUUGUCUCCAAAGAUCGCAGAAUCCCAAAGAUUCGGAUCCAAACUCGACAGCUUGAGAAUCUUCUCGACAAGAGAAUUAUUGUGGCAGUUGAUUCUUGGGACCGUCUAUCUCGAUAUCCUUCUGGACACUAUGUACGGACCAUAGGAGAAAUAGGUGACAGAGAUACUGAAAGUGAGGUGGUGUUGAUAGAGAAUGAUAUAAACUCGAGACCGUUUUCUUCUCAAGUUCUGGCAUGCUUGCCACCAUUGCCAUGGUCUGUGUCUUCUGAAGAUUUGGCAAAUCCUAUUAGGCAGGAUUUGCGACAUUUGUGUGUCUUUAGCGUGGAUCCUCCAGGAUGCAAGGAUAUUGAUGAUGCACUGCACUGUACAUCUCUUCCAACCGGAAAUUUUGAAGUUGGAGUUCAUAUUGCUGAUGUAACGAAUUUUGUGCACCCCGGCACCCCACUUGAUGAUGAAGCUUCACAAAGGGGCACAUCUGUAUACCUUGUUGAGCGUCGUAUUGACAUGCUUCCAAAACCUCUUACAGAAGACAUAUGUUCUCUUCGAGCUGAUGUGGAAAGGCUAGCAUUCUCUGUGAUUUGGGAGAUGACACCUGAAGCAGAGAUUAUUUCUACAAGAUACACAAAAAGUGUUAUAAAAUCUUGUGCAGCAUUGUCUUACAUUGAAGCUCAGGCAAGGAUGGAUGACAGUCGGUUGGUGGAUCCAUUAACCACAGAUUUGAGAAAUAUGAAUGGUCUAGCAAAGAUAAUGAGGUUGAGGCGUAUUGAGAGAGGAGCCUUAACUCUUGCUUCUGCUGAAGUCAAGUUUCAAAUUGACACCGAGACUCAUGACCCUCUUGAUAUUGGUAUGUACCAGAUUCGGGAAGCAAACCAAAUGGUUGAGGAGUUUAUGCUUGCUGCUAAUGUUUCAGUUGCACAAAAAAUCCUCAAACAUUUUCCUUUGUGUUCACUGUUAAGGCGUCAUCCUAUUCCAACCAGGGAGAUGCUUGAACCUCUGCUACGCACAGCUGCUGCUGUUGGUCUCAACUUGGAUGUCUCUUCAUCGAAAGCACUGGCUGAUUCUCUUGACCAUGCUGUGGGUGAUGAUCCAUACUUUAAUAAGUUGAUCAGGAUAUUGGCAACUAGAUGCAUGACACAGGCAGUUUAUUUCUGUAGUGGGGAUCUCAGCCCUCCAGAAUAUCAGCAUUAUGGGCUUGCAGCACCUCUGUAUACUCAUUUCACUUCACCUAUAAGGAGAUAUGCAGAUGUCAUUGUACACCGAUUGCUUGCUGCUUCUUUAGAGAUAUACAAGCUUCCAUCAAUAUUCCAGGACAGACCCCAACUUACUAGUGUUGCUGACAAUUUAAAUUAUCGACAUAGAAAUGCCCAGAUGGCAGGCAGGGCCUCAGUAGAGCUGCAUACUCUUAUUUACUUCAGAAAACGGCCCACAGACACGGAGGCCAGAGUAGUGAAGAUAAGAGCCAAUGGCUUUAUUGUAUUUGUGCCCAAGUAUGGUAUUGAAGGGCCUGUGUACUUGACACCAAGAAGCGAGAAGGGCAGCGGAGAAUGGUAUGUAGACGAGCAACAGCAGAAGAUUAAAAAGAUGGAUGGUAGCCUUUCUUAUAAUGUUCUGCAGACGGUACAAAUUCACAUGGAGGUUGUGGAGCCACAGCCCAACCGGCCGAAACUCCAGCUCUCCCUUAUUUAGAUGAGUGGAUGACAUUUUACGUUGCAUCUCAAUAGCCAUGUUUAUGGGACUGAAAUCAUGUUUGGUUUGAAACGUUAAGUGGAGUCCAGUGGGAUAGACAAGGAAAGUAGGCAUACUGUAAUAUGGCUUUUGAUAAUUUUGAUCGAUUUAUUUGAUUCUUGUUUUUCCUGGUUUCAA